GAUGAAGAUUGAAUGUGGCGAAGGUUACACUAUUAAGAUUUUAAACGCAUAUUAUGGAAGAGAAACAACUCUAGUUAGAUCUGAUUUUUGUUCUGCUGGAGCAUCUAGUAUAAGGAGGAAUAUUUGCGAACAGGAUGUUAAUGAUAAUACAUUAAACUCUAAUUUGGCAUAUUCAACUUGGAAUCCUCAGGAAUGUCCUACCAGUCUUAAACGUUUUCUUAUGGUCGAUUAUACCUGUCAACGGAUUUCUUUGAAGCAAGCUUGUGAUGGCGAUUGGAUGCUUUUAGAAUGCCCAAGAGACUAUACAAUAAUUCCUGUAGGCGUCUUUUAUGGGCGAUCACUUGCCGAAAAAUGUCUUCCACCAGACAGAGAUAAUUAUGAGGAAUAUGAAUAUGGUAUUAAGAAGAAGGACAAUAUUUCAUAUUGUCGUUUCAAUACUAGAGCUGUUUAUUCCGCAAUUCGAUUAAAAUGUUUAAAUAGGAGAUUAUGUUCUUUCAAAGUUGAUAAAGAAAUUUUUUCUGGCUUUGAUGGUAUGCAUAAAGAGAAAUGUCCAGAAGAUGUUAAAACAUAUUUAAAGGUACACUACUUAUGCGAAGAUUCUGUAAAACAGACAACGUCUUACAUAUGCUCUAAUGAGGUUUUCGAACCUUCCUGCCCCAGGGGUCAACUAAUUAAUAUUAAGUCGACUCUAAGAGGUCGCUUGCAACUUAAUGAUUCUAAAUGUGAAAAAGAUAUAUUAUCAACCUUCAAAGGACCAUGUCAGGUUGAUAUCGUUGAUGGUAUGCAAAAAAUGAUAAAGAGAUGCCAGUUAAAGAACUCGUGUAAAGUUCCAAAUACAAUAGACGAAUGGAAUGGACUCAACUUUACUUAUAGAAGAUGCACCGAGGAAGAUAAACCAUAUUUAGUCACCCUUUAUGAGUGUCAACCGAAAAGCUCUCUAAUUAUUUGCCCUAAGCAAGGGCCUAAAACAGUAGAAUGUCCUCGGGGUUAUGUUAUAGAGCCCUCGGCUACAUUUUUUGGUAGGCACAAUGACUUGUCAUGUCUUGAUGAGAAUGAGACGAUAGAUAUAGACAGAGUAUGUUAUUCAGACUCUAAUGAGGUAUUAAGAAAAGUCAAUAGUCUUUGUAGAGGUCGACAAACAUGUACACUCAUAGCUGAUUCUAAAUACUAUAUGGAUGGAGACAAAUUUUCAAAAUCUCAAUGUUCUGGACCAUUUGAAAAUAAACAAUAUCUAUGGAUAAAUUACAGAUGUACAUAUGAACAGUGCCUGACAGCUGCUGAUAAGGCGGAGAAGGAAUUAUCGGAUUGUUUAAAAGUGUAUGAAAAUUUGUGCCUUACUUAUAAAUUUCAACAAUGUUAUACAAAUUCAUUAAAUUUGCUAAGUAAAAAUAAAGAAUGUAAAGAAUUUAAAAGACGUUUUAAAUCGUAUUACUCUUGGUGGAUUCCAGCCCAUAAGAAGUUAUUAUGUCAAUUGCCUUCAUGCGCUUUCCAACUCGCAAGAGAAUUUUCUGAAAUUUUUAAGCAAUAUAACAAAAUUCCUGAUAAAGUUGAACCAGGCAAGCUACAUUAUCUAAAGUGUGCAAUUGCAGAAGACAUUGAACAGCAAAUUAAUGAAAAUAUCGAAUUCGACUUUCAAUAUCAUUUCAUAAUGCUAUCAUGCAUUUCAAAAAUGAGAAACUUCUAUAAUGGCAUUAAAAAUGGUGAUGGUUUAAAAGGUAAAGUUGUCGCUGACGUAGGGAGUGGUACAGGAAUCUUAGCUAUGUGGUGUGCUCAAGCUGGAGCUAAAAGAGUUUAUGCUAUUGAGCCUAACGAUAACUACAACCUACUUGUUGAAAAUGUCAAGAGAAACAAGCUCGAAGAUGUUAUUCAAGCAUUUCAUUCUACUGCCGAAGAGGUUGAGCUUCCCGAAAAGGUUGAUGUGAUUGUUAGUGAAGUUUUGGGCACCGCUCUCAUUGGUGAUGCUAUUUUCCCGUUUUUGGUUCAAGCUAGAGAUAAAUUCUUGAAGCCGGAUGGCGUUAUGCUUCCUUCUCAUGCAACCUUGAACAUAGCUCCCAUCGCUGAUAACGAAUUUAUAACUCGAGGAGAAGAAUUGCUAAACAAUUUUCAUUCUCUCUACGAUCUUGAUCUUGGAAAUUUGGCGGAUUAUUUCCGUAAAUCUUGCGCAAAGAAAGUCUACUGCAAGCUGAUUCGUCCAGAAACUGUAAAAGCAAAACCAGCAGUUGUCGAUCGUAUUGACUUCAAAACACUAAAAUUUGAAAACUCUACAACUUGCAGCGGACGUUUUGAAUUCGUUAUGAAUCGUUCAACAGAUAUCCAAGGUUUCGCAAUAUGGUUUACGGCAACGUUCCCAAAUGGCAUUUCUUUUAGCACUGGACCAACAGAUCAUCCAACACACUGGAGACAAGAUGUUUUAUACUUGGAAAAAAAUUUGCAAGUACAGAAAGGAGAUGUCAUUGAAGGUUUUCUUAAAGUGGAAAAUGACAUGAGUUCUAAAUUUUUCUACAGCACAAAAUUAGAAUUUACCGUGAACGGAAAAGAUAAACAAGUUAAAGAUUGCUACAUUGGAUUAGAUAGAGGUCAACUUCUAUGCGGCGGUUUAAACACUCUAGCCUUAUAA